AUGGAUCGUUAUGCUAAUUUUUCGCUCGAUUUUAAUUCAAAUUAUGUGGCACAGAUGGAAGAAGCUGCGAAUAUGCUCAUGUCGCCAAAUGUCCCGCAAGAUGUCAGGAAAUUUGCUGAGCAGUUUUUCCUUAAUAUACGAAAUAGAGGAAUGCCUCCGGACUACUGUCGUUUGAUCAUUGAAGCAACCUCAAAUGAAUUCGUUAUUUUCGAAAUGGUUCAACUUAUGGUUUCUAACCUUUUCAAACAUUGGUUCAUAUCAGAAACAACAAUUUUUCGACGUUGUUUUGAAUAUCUGGUAGCAAACGCUACUGGAAAAUUCAGGGUUUCAAAACUAAUUCGAUGUGAAAUGCUGCGAGCAUGUGCUAAAUUAUUUAAGCGAUCAAUUUUUGAUAAUAAAGCUUGUGAUGCUGAUUUGCUUGAUCAAACGGUUCAUCUCUUGCUAUCAAAUGAAGAUGAACAACUUCAAUCAGUAGCAUGCGAUUUUAUCGAAGCAAUUACUUAUGAAUUUGCAACAUCAUGGAGGACGUCCAAUCUUGGCAUCACUUUUGAUUUCCAUCAAAGAGCCAAGCUUGCUUUUGAGAAUGGAAGUUUACAGCGACUUUUCGAGAAAUGUAUUCUUGCAUUUUCUAAUCUCGUCUUCGUUGCAGAUCUCACUUCAUCCUAUCAUAUAAAUACAUGUGGGAAUUUGCUUCGCGUAGUUGAUCUGAUUCUUUCUUGGGACUUUGAUGCCCAUGGUUUUCCUUUCAAAAUCAGCUCUGCUAAUGAAGGGUCAUCUUCUGCAACAUUUCGACCACCCCAGUCAUGGAAGCCAAUUUUUCAGUCAAAUCAAAUUUUACGUCUUUUUUUUGAGCUUCACAAAAAAGUUCGAUACAAUGCAGACUUUUGUGCUUAUUCGAUGAAUUGUCUUGUUCAGUUAUCUUCAUUAAUGGGGCCUGUUCUUAGUGAAAGUGUAUCUCACGAUCCACAAAAAUUUGUUCAUUUCAAUACUGCAAGCCCAUUAAGUGCUCAUGAUCGCUACAUUUCGGAUUUUGUCGAUGGUUUUAUUGAUCUGUUUGGCAGUGAUGGCCCUUUACAAAGCGAAAUAUUCGGCCUUUGUAUGAUGGUGGGUAAACUUUUAACAUAUCAUCGCAUUAUUUCUUUUCGGCGAGCAGAAAAGUCAUUGCCAAUAUUUUCAUCCAUUAUUGUUCGUUGUGCUGAACAUUUGACGCCGAUUGCUAUACAAAAAGUUCUGAAAGAAGACGACACUGCUUAUGUUGAUGCUUUAAAACGCAUAUAUGACGGUUGGUGGGUAUUAUUGCGAAAUAGUAAUAUUAUAGUAACUACAUUGGAUGACCCAAUUGGUUUUAAAGAUUCUACCUUGAGAAUAGUUGCAGCCUUUGUACGAAGCGUUCUUUCAGAACCAUUUGGUUCUCGUGGACAGUUAUCGGUCCGAAAAUGCGGUGCAGAAAAGGUUGACGAUGAUCGUGAAAUUUUCCAACAUUUGCUGGACCUGAUUGGACAGUUUUCUUCAUUCUACUGUGCUAAUGUCUUACCAUACAUGUUCACAGUCAUUUUCGCAAAGCUGAAGCAGUUUAUAUCUUUGAUUGAAAUAGAUGUUGGUGAUGAAAAUCUGAGUAUAUGGCGAGAAGAUAUGCAUUGGACUUUAAUUUUAAUUGAUAAAUACAUAUUGACGGUUGCGGAAGAUGACGGUGGUUCACUUUUACAAAACGAUGUCGUUGCAUAUUUUGAAGAAUUAGUUCACGUUGGUAUCUCAGAUAUCGAUCGUUCUAUCGAAUACAUAAACAGUUGCAUUGUUUCACCACAUGCUAUUAUUGAUUCAGAGCAAGUCAAUACUUUCAUAAAAGUAGUAGGUGCGGUUCUGGCGUGGUGUUCUCUGGAGCACAAUCUAUUAAUUGAGCGAGGUGCUGAAGCAAUAAGUCCAGAAUUAGCUCGUACAUCGUUGUGGUGUGCAAAGCGUUUAAUUGUUGCUAUGAAUGCUCAUGUUUCGAAUCCUGAUGAAAGUGAAAAUUUAGCAUGUGUAGUAAGCAAUGUGUCCCAAACCGUAGUUGAUUUUGCUUUGCAAAAAUCCUUUGGUGUACUGAAUCGACUUUCGGGAGAACGAAAGUUGUGUCUAGAUGCUGUUGAAUUGCUUAUUGGCGUUGUUCGAAAUGGCUGCGUUGAAGCAGCUAGCAGUCGAUUUUUAUUUCCGUGCCUUUCUGCAGUACAAAUCGAAAAGCUGCCAGCUCGUCAUUCGUUGCUUAAGAUGUUGGUAGAAUUGGGAGCAUUAAUCGGGGAUGAAAUUAUAUAUAAUUCUAUAAAUGAAGUGGUUCUGAAACCUCUUAGCCAAAGAUACAUUGUGUUAAGUGAAGAUUCAGGAAGCUUGGAAACGAAUCUUGCUGACUUGAUAGAGUGUUUUGGCGGUGUUGCAGAAGCUGCUCACAAUUAUUACUCUAAUUUUUUAUAUGAGUACUUGACACCUAUUUUGAAAUGUUCCAUCAAAUUGCUAGCAUCACAUAAAGACUCUCAACUUCUCACCAAUGCGGUUUUGCAACUUUUCUGCUAUAUUACGAAGUACUCAGGUGCUGAUAACCAGGACCAAAAUAAUAUGGUUUCAAUCUAUGAAGCCUUGCUAGCACUCAUCAUAGUUUAUCGAGAUGGUUUUUUUACUCGAUAUAAAGUAGAGAAUAUUGAUGUAGAAGAACAAGCAUCAGAUCUUGUAAUAUUGCUGGAUAUCCUUGCUAAUGUAAUGAAUAGAGAUGUUGCAUGGAGGAAGCCUGAUGUAAAUGAACGUUUAGGGGAAGCUGAGCUCAAUAAAAAUGGUUUACACGUUGCAUUAACUGCUUUGGAAAUGUUGCUGCCCGUAAUGGAAGAUGGUUUACUUAGAUUGCCUAUUUUAUGUAAAAAGUUUUAUCGCUUUAUCUUUUAUCUCGCUCAAAUGGCGCCGCAAUAUUUUGAAAAUUUGUCAGAUGUAUUGCUUGUUUCAAUUGUUGAAUGUCUGAAGCAUGGAUUAAGAUCGACAUUUGGUGAAGAGAUUUCGUUAAUUUCUGCCGAUGCAGUGACUGAAAUUGCUUCGUUUUAUGCUCGACAUAUCCCAAGAAAUGAAUUAGCCAUUACACGCCUUACUACUCUUUUCGAACCAGCUUUUGAAUUCUGCUUAAUGUCUUCUUGGCAAUCGGACUCACAGAACACAUCAUCAGCAGCUUUAUUUUCAUUAUUAUGUUGUGAUCAGACUGUUUUUCAAAACUACGUAAAGCAAUUGCUUUUACGUGUUGAAAAUCGUCCUUACCAAUCAGUCUUGCAGCCGGCCUUCCAGCUUUUGUUGCCUGAAAAUUUAGAACUUCAAGUUGGGAGACGAGAAAGACGAGGUUUUCGUGAUCGUUUGGAACAAUUCUUGAGUCAAGCUCAGGGUUUACUUGUUGUUGAAUAA